AUGCCGUUCUUUUCUGGCAAACGUGAUAGUUACGAGGACGACAACCUCGGCAUUGAUUGGGUUGUCCACUACGUUUUUGACGACGUUGAACACACACAGGCAAUUCGCGAAUUCCAGGAACUCAUCGACGACCUCCACCAAGCUGGUCUCUAUACACAAGUCCGCCAUGGCCAUGGUAACUCGUUGCUCGUCUGCGUCAAGGUACCCCGCGACCUUCUGGGGAACAUGAUCCACAAGUCGAGAAUAAAAGACUUCCUCCACUGCGUCAUCAACGAAAUCCCCUAUGGCGACGAACACACCAUUGCCGACGCCGAAACCCCCGCCGAAGAACUCCGAUCGGUAUACCACGCCGUGUCCUGGCAAAAAGCACUUGGAGGAGCCGGAAUAACGCCAGGAUUCGGAAAAUGGAAGAAUGUCGCAUCUGCCUUCCCGCUACAUAACCAACCUGCCAACGGAGAACUCUUGCGCAAAUGGAGUCGCACCACUACACUGACCGCGGAGGACUUGGAUGCCAUCCGGGCUUUGUUCGGAGAAAAGGUCGCUUUCUAUUUCGCCUUUAUCCACUGCUAUUCGUGCUUUCUCGUGUUUCCGGCUGCUUGGGGUGUGUUUUGCUGGUACUACUUUGGGCCGUAUUCGAUUACAUUCGCCGUUGUCAACUGUCUAUGGUGUAUUGUUUUUGUCGAGUUUUGGAAGAUCCGUGAGCUCGACCUGAGUAUGCGGUGGAACGUCAAAGAUGUUGGGACGCUCAAGGUCAACCGCAAACAAUACGUCUGGGACAAGGAAGUCACGGACCCGAUCACAGGCCAGGUCAACAAGGUCUUUUCCUCGCGAAAGCAGUUCCUUCGACAGCUGCUCCUUAUACCGUUUGCUUCGUCGGCAGCCGUCGCCUUGGGAAGUUUGAUCGUCAUCACCUUUGCUAUGGAAGUGUUCAUCUCUGACGUCUACCACGGAUCGCUCAAGAUGUACCUCGAAUUCCUACCGACCGUCCUGUUUUCGCUCACAUUGCCCGCCAUCACCAACUUACUUACCCACAUUGCAUCGCAGCUAACCGAAUACGAAAACUACCGCACCCAAGAUCAAUACGAUCUGGCCCAGACGCAGAAAACAUUCGUCAUGAACUUCAUCACCGACUUCCUGCCCACCAUCCUGACUGCGUUUGUCUACGUUCCGUUCGGACCCAAGAUUGUGCCAUAUUUGGACGUCCUUCGCAUGACUGGUCUCAAGCAAGGCGUUGGUGCGGAAAUCAGUGUCGAUACCUCCCGACUUCAGCAGGAAGUCAUUUCUCUCUCCAUGACCGCGCAGGUCGUCAACUUUGGUGAAGAGAUUGUUCUUCCGUUCGUCAAGCGUAUGGCAUUGCAAAAAUGGCGCGAAUACAAGCUCAAACGAUCCAAGAUGAACCGCCAUCGCAGUCACUCCACCAUGACUGACAUGCUGCUUAUCGAUCCUUCCGACGAGCAGGCACUCCUGAACCGAAUCCGCAACGAGUCCGAAGCGGACGAGUACAACGUACACGACGACAUUCUCGAAAUGUGCAUACAAUUCGGCUACCUAGCACUCUUCGGAGUCGCAUGGCCCCUCGUCCCCCUCGGCUUCCUCCUAAACAACUGGCUCGAACUACGCGGCGACUUCUUCAAACUAAGCCUCGAAUGCCAACGCCCACCCCCAAUCCGCGCAGACUCCAUCGGCCCCUCCCUCCAAGGCCUCGAAUUCCUCACCUGGCUCGGCACUCUCUCCACAGCAGCCAUCGUCUACCUCUACCGCAACGGCAUGCAAAAUGUCCGCUUCUCCUACCUCCUCCUAACAAUCCUCAUCGCCGAACAGACCUACCUAGCCGCCCACUUCGCCGUCCGUGUCGGCCUCGAGAAACUCUGGUCCAGCACCCUCCGCCUACAAGCCGCAAACCGCUUCCGCGUCCGCAAGGGCUACCUCGAAGCCUUCAAUGCCACCUCCGACCGCUCCUCCCCCUCAUCCUCAUCCUCCCCGUCCCGAUCCACCCGCAUAAAGCCCAAGGUCCGCUUCAACGAGCGCGUAAACGUCUACAGCUCUACAACCGACGACGGCGAAGGAAGCAGCGGUGAAUCCGUGUGUACUGAAGAAACCGACCACGGCAUUCUGUACAGUUCAGAGCGCGAAGCGCAGUUCUGGUCUUGGACGCAGCGCGAAACCGCAGACGCAGGCGUCAGGUUGAUUAAGGCGUUGAGUACGGUUAAUCCAGAGGAGUUGGAUUUGAAGAGGGAGAAGGCGAAGGGGAGUUAA